AUGCCGGAAAUGUACGCACUCAAAUCUGAAGAACAGAGCCAGCAAUUGCAGCUUGUUCAACGAGAAGAAAUCGAAGAUGAAGAAGACUUGUUCGAAGCUAUUGAUAAAUUGAUUGCACAUGGAAUCAAUGCUGGAGAUGUUAAGAAGCUUCAGGAUGCUGGAAUAUACACUUGUAAUGGCUUGAUGAUGCAGACGAAGAAGAAUUUGACUGGUAUUAAGGGAUUGUCUGAGGCUAAAGUUGAUAAGAUAUGCGAAGCUGCUGAGAAGAUUGUGAAUUAUGGUUACAUCACAGGAAGUGAUGCUUUGCUCAAAAGAAAAUCUGUGGUUCGCAUAACCACUGGAAGCCAGUCAUUAGACGAGUUAUUAGGAGGUGGAAUCGAAACAUCAGCAAUUACUGAAACAUUUGGAGAAUUCCGCUCUGGAAAAACUCAGCUAGCACAUACUCUAUGCGUCUCAACACAGCUUCCGACUAGCAUGAAAGGAGGAAAUGGGAAGGUUGCCUACAUCGACACUGAAGGAACUUUUCGACCUGAUCGUAUUGUGCCAAUUGCUGAAAGGUUUGGGAUGGAUGCUGCUGCUGUCCUAGACAAUAUCAUAUAUGCACGUGCAUAUACGUAUGAACAUCAGCACAAUCUCCUCCUCGGCUUGGCUGCAAAAAUGGCUGAGGAACCCUUCAGAUUACUGAUUGUAGAUUCUGUCAUUGCUCUUUUCCGAGUGGAUUUCUCUGGAAGAGGAGAGCUUGCAGACCGACAGCAAAAACUGGCCCAAAUGCUGUCUCGUUUGAUAAAAAUUGCUGAAGAGUUCAACAUUGCUGUAUAUCUUACUAAUCAAGUUAUCGCUGAUCCAGCAGGAGGAGUUUUUGUUACAGACCCUAAGAAGCCAGCAGGCGGUCAUGUCUUAGCCCAUGCAUCAACAAUAAGGUUGAUGUUCAGGAAGGGAAAGGGUGAACAGCGUAUCUGCAAGGUGAUUGAUGCCCCAAAUCUGCCAGAGGCCGAAGCUAUAUCCUUUUUCUAUUGACACUUGCGCUACUAUUUAGUGCAAAUUGAAACAUUCUGCAUCUUCACCAAUGUUAACACCUUGACACCAGCACGUAUUUCAGAUUACACCAGGUGGAAUCGCUGAUGCAAAGGACUGAAGCUAGCAGGCAAUCAAAUCAAUUUAUCUGAUACCAGAAAGAGCAAAGGAAAAGUUGCCUGGUUUUCUACUGCCAUUAUAUAGCUUUAAGAAAUAGUUAUCUAUGGCCAGGAAUGCAUUAUACUUAUUCAUAUUACUUAGUAAAAACUCUGUACAACUUAAGCAGCCAUGCAGAGAGCGAACUAUACAUUCUUUCGCCUUUUACUAAAGAAUACCUUGUGCUUGCUGCAGUCAGUGGCUUAUAUAGUUAUAUUUUUUUUGGAGGAAGUUCCUUAAACAGGAGCUUCCAGCAUUUGCAGUCUGAAUUCUGAAAUGUUGUCAGCUACUAGCAUUAAGUUCUGUUGUAGGAUUUAUUGCAUAGUAUAAACAAAAUACUCCGUAGUUGAGUAAGGAUGAUUCUUGCGUUCUUUCUUUCUUUCAGGGUAACAGUUCAAUUUUUUUGGAUAGAUUUUGCUAAUGUAUUUGGACGCAU